CCCUACUUGAACCCCUGGUCUUCCCUCCCCACUAUACUCUCAUUUCCAAAAGAAACAGAGGAAGCUGCAGCCUGAACAAUGCAAUUCCUCUUCCGCUCCCUCCCUAAACCCCGCAUCCAAGGUCACCGCCGCAGCCUCGUCGACUUUGCGGCCAUCAAGCACGUCAGAGACAGGGGCUUAGACCAUGCAGUUGAGCGAGAAAAGCACUUAAAGCCGGUGCUUUCAAUCAAGAACUUAAUAAAAUCAGAGCCAUCAAGAUCACUCCCUAUCUCCAUAAUCACUCAACAAAAAGACUUCCUCAAAAUACCAAUACGGCCAAUAGAGUUAAUUAGAAGAUACCCUUCAGUCUUUGAAGAAUUUCUACCUGGUGGCAUUGGAAUCCAUCCUCAUGUCAAGUUAACACAACAGGUACUUGACCUUGAUAUUGAAGAACAGUUAGUUUAUCAAAGUGAUAGUUAUAAGAAUGAUGUUGCUAAUAGGCUUUUAAAGUUGUUAAUGAUUUCAAGAAUUGAUAAAAUUCCAUUAAAGCUUCUUGAUUUUUUAUUAUGGGAUUUGGGUUUGCCUCAAGAUUGUGUCAAGAGUUUGGUUCCUGAAUUCCCUGAUUAUUUUAGAGUUCUCGGGGAUAAGAAUUUGUCACCUUGGUCGGGUUCGGAUUUGGGGUUGGAGUUGGUUUGCUGGAGUGAUGAACUGGCUGUUUCAGUUAUGGAAAAGAGGGCGAAAAGUAGAGAAACUGGUUAUGUUAAAGGGAUGCCUAUUGAGUUUCCAAUGCAGUUUUCGAAGGGUUUUGAAAUAGAUAAGAGGUUGAAGCAGUGGAUUAGUGACUGGCAAAAGUUACCUUAUGUUUCUCCCUAUGAGAAUGCUAUGCAUCUUGGGCCUAAUACUGAUGAAUCAGAUAGGUGGGCGGUGAGUGUGUUGCAUGAGGUACUUAAUCUUUCUGUUUCGAAGAAAGUGGAGAAGGACACUUUGUUGUGUUUAGGAGAGUGGCUGGGGAUCCGGUCGAGGUUUAAGAGAGCAUUGCUACACCAUCCAGGGAUAUUUUAUUUGUCGAAUAAGAUAGGAACUUAUACUGUUGUUUUGAAGGAGGGAUAUAAGAGGGGAUUGUUAGUUGAGAAGAAUCCAGUGGUGGAUAUUAGGAAUCAGUAUAUUCAUCUUAUGCACACAGUUGUCGAAGAACGUAAAUCAAUUACUGUACAUGGAGGAAGCCAACAACAAGAAAAGAAGACUGAUGGCAAAUCUGAAGGGCAAGGAGAAAAACAAGAUGCUAAUAAUUGUGUGGAAGUGACUGAUGCGGGGUCUGAUUUUGAGGAUGAUAGUGAAGAUGGUUACGAGUAUAAUGAGGAGGAGGAAGGCGAGAGUAGGAAAAAUGCUCAUAGAAAUGCCCCAACUAACAGGGGAAGAGCAGACAGGAAUAAGAAUUUGGAUGUGAGGGGGAACUUGAAGUAUGCUAGAAGAGAAAGGGGGGUUGAGAAACACCAUGGUAAGACAAGGGAUAAAGUUGUACAAAAUGACGACUAUAAGUAUAAUGAUGAUGAGGAGGAAGGUGAGAGUAGGACACAUGCUCGUACAAAAACCCCAAGGGGAAGAGCAGAUGAGAAUAAGAAUUUAGCUGCGAGGGGGCGGUCAAGAAAUGUUACAAGAGAAAGGGAGGUCAAGAGACACCACGGUAAGACAAGGGAUAAAGUUGUAUCAAAAGAUGAUUGUAAGUACAACGAUGAUGAGGAGGAAGGUGAAAUUAGGACACAUGCUUGUACAAAAUCCCCAAGGGGGAGAGCAGAUGAGAAUAAGAAUUUAGAUGUGAGGGGGCGUUCAAGAAAUGUUAGAAGAGAAAGGGUGGUCGAGAAACACCACGGUAAGACAAGGGAUAAAGUUGUAUCAAAAGAUGAUUAUAUGUUCAAUGAUGAUGAUGGGGAGGAAGGAGAGGGUAAGAGACAUGCUCAUAGAAAUGCCCCACGCAGCAGAGGAAGAGGAGAUAAGAAGACUACUUUAGAUUCAAGGGAGCAUGCAAGGAAUGCUGGAAGAGAUAGAGGGAUUGAAAAGCGCCAUUUCAAGACCAAGGAAUUUCGACCAAAAGAUUCUAUCAGAAAAGAAAUGAGUAGAGGGUACAAUUUCCACGAAAGGUCACAAGAGUGAUCAGCUUCGCCUAAGAAAAAGAAGGAAUCAUUGACAGCCAUGAGGACUGCUACUUAAAAGAUUUAAUUAUCUGUCUAAACUAAUAAUCUGCAGAAAUGCAUUUGAUGGCAUGAGGUUGUUGUGUCAACCAUCUGGACAGCACAGAAGAAAGAAAGGAGUACCAUUAUAUCAAAGUUUUUGACAUUAUUUUAGAGCAGGGCUCAUUAACUGAAGAAUAAAGUUGAGCAAAGAUACAGAUAAAACUGCUUACAGGGAUGUUACAUUAUCCAUACCAUUCAUUUCUCCUCAUGGUUUUGUUAGUUUAAGAGAGCAAGACUAAGUGUGGACUUCAACUUAGUCUUUGAUUCUUUUUCCAAAAAGAAAAAAAGAAAAAAAAACCGAGAUGUUGUUAUGGGUUUUUCAUCCAUUUGCAUGCAAAGGCCAGGUAGACAACAAUUGAGAAGAAACCAUAUUGUCUUCUCCUCAAUUAAUGUAGAAAGUGAGUUUUCCAAAUCCUGAAGAAUAUAACUUGGUUAUGGAUGUCAUGUGCAGUUUCUGCCACAGUAGAUCUUGUAAAAUAAUAGUAAUCAUAUGGUGCAUACCGGCAAACCUCUUCUUUAGAAGUUUUCUUUUUUUGAUGUCUUUUGAUUUUUUCAGCCUCCAUAUGAUCACAAUGCUACGACAUACAUGUUUGUCCUUAUUGAAUACAGAAGAUGGGUCUUCUUUGUUGAUGUGCAGGUUUCUUCGAUUCAUCAUCUUCUAUGCAAAAUUUCAAAUUCCUGGUUUCGCUGAAAAGAUUAAUGAGAUAUGACAUUUGUUGCCAUUACUUUUGACCAUCAAGUCUGGUUAGAGUCUUCGAGAAUCCAGAGAACAAUGGUUCUCUAGUUGCUGACCUGUCAAGAGUGUUGACAGUGGCUGUUGAAUACUCAAAAUGAUCUUUCACUUGUCCCUGACCAUUCUUCAAUGUUGAGAAAGAGCGCCAGUUUUACUCGGACCUCGCAAGUUUAGUCUGGUUUGAAGGCUGAAGCUGCAAAUGCAGUAAGUUGGUUUGGAGAAGUCUUUCUGCUUCUGAUUUCUAAUUUAUGUCAACAAUAUAAGAUCAUUCCUUUGGAAUCAUUAUUUAGCUACCAUUUGGAGUUCUAUUAACACUUUAUACCUUCGACCCAUGUAUUUUGUUUGGCUUCAAAAAAUUAGUAUAAUUCAAAUGAUCAAAGCGCAUUUCGAGAUCA